CCGCUGCUCCCGGCGGUGCGGCCCCGCCUCGGAGGCGGCGGCCGGGGCCGGGCGGGGCGGGAGCGGGCCGGGCUGGAGCCGCAGCGCCAAGGGCUCGGCCAUGGGCGAUUUCCAGCUCUCCGUGGAGGAGCUGAACGAGCUCCUGUCUAACGGGAGCGGCUGCUACAGCCUGCCCAGCGCGCACAGCAACGAGGUGGUGCCGCGCAUCCACGUGGGGAACGCGUUCAUAGCCAAGAACAUAACGAGGCUGCAGCAUCUGGGGAUAACCCAUGUUCUGAAUGCAGCAGAGGGGAAAUCAUUCAUGCAUGUGAACACUAAUGCAGAGUUCUAUGAAGGCUCAGGCAUCAGAUACCAUGGCAUAAAAGCUAAUGAUACGCAGGAGUUUAACCUCAGUCGCUACUUUGAGGAGGCAGCUGAUUUUAUUGACAAAGCCCUUUCCCAGAAGGAUGGCCAGGUGCUGGUGCACUGCCGCGAGGGCUACAGCCGCUCGCCCACGCUGGUCAUCGCCUACCUGAUGCUGCGGCGCGGCCUGGACGUGCGCAGUGCGCUCUGCGCCGUGCGCCAGCAGCGCGAGAUCGGCCCCAACGACGGCUUCCUGCGGCAGCUCUGCCAGCUCAACGAGCGCCUGCUCAAGGAGGGCAAGGUCAAGCCCUAGAGCGCAGCACCACGCUGGUUCUGUUUGCGGUUUCUCAGAGGUUUAGAGGAUGGGUUCGGCGCUUUAGAGACGCGAAUUUCAACCGCCCGGCUGGAAUUGCUGCUUGUCUAGUGAAAGUGUCCGUCUGGAACUCUGUGAUGUUUUCGAGAUGGGACAAAAUUGCGUCGCUGUUUGGAGCUGUUGCCAUCAAGGGAUGCUUGUAGAGGGGUAACUCAGCUGUCUUCACACAUUUCAGAGCCCCUGCAGGUUCCAUAGCCUAUGUGGUUUGCGUUGACAUUGAAUGUGAUUUGUUUAAGCUUUGUCUUUAGUUGUCUCACCAGUUCAGGAGCACAUAAUCACAGAUUGAUUCUAUGCAGCUGCUUUUGUUGAAGAGCUCUGGGUGUCAGGGGCACAGACCCAAAUCUGACUCCACCAUGGGUUCGGGAUGAACACAGUUUUAUACCCUUAUUAUAUAACUCCAUAUUAAUUAUUAAACUUACAUUGUUCUAUUGUAUACGUUGAUUUCAUCCAAGCAUGGAUUCUUGUAAUUUGAUGAGCCCUUGGGGGACACUGGACUGGGACUGUCCCAGUGCCACUCCCAGUGUCCCCAGUGUCCCCAUUUCCCUGUUCCCAGUGCAAACUGGAGCUGGUGGUUGGGUCCCUGGCGUCCUGCUUGGAGCUGGUGCUGAGGACAAGCCCUUGGGGACACUGGGCUGGGACUGUCCCAGUGUCCCCAGUGCCACUCCCAAUCCAAAAAUCCAAUACAUUGAUUUCAUCCAAGCAUGGAUUUUUGUAAUUUCUUGUUACAAAUAAACAAUAAUUAUAUCCAAUUACCAAACGAUCAUCACAUUUAACAAUCGUAUCAUUUAUCAUAUAGCAAUCAUAUCUUUUAUCUUGUUCAUUAAAUGAUUAUACAGCUGCAGUUUCACAUGAUCCAUUAAAGCCUAACGUUUUCUGAGGGCCUCCCCUAACGUUUUUCCAGGCCCAGCCUUUCUUUCCAACUCCCCUGAAUAUCCCAUGAUUUUAGAAACAUUUUAUCCCUAUAUUUUCAACCAGAGCACCAGCUCCUAAAAGCCCCAACACAUCCCUUCAUCACUCUUAAUAGGAGCACUGUAAUUUCUAAAGCUUCUUUUUCAUGCACACAGGUGCCUAAGGUUUGAAUGUAGGAGCUUCCGGGAAUGGGAAGCAAAUGUACAAAUGCACAGAUGCAUUCACUUGGAAAAGAAAGUGCAUGCAGUGUUUUGUGUGGAUUUAUGCAGUACACAGUGUGAGAGUAAAGCCAUUCAGAACCCAUGCUUGAUGCACACUGUGUCUCCAAGAAUAGUUUUUUAUCUUUUCUGUUACAAUGGACAUGAAAUAGUCUGUUAUUAAAUGCUCUUUUAUUUCAAGAUCAUAAUAGAAAAAACGUCAAUUGCAAAUGCUGAGGGAAGAACUUGAACAAGGAAGAAAUAAUAUUAAUAUUUAGAAGUGUUUGUGGUGGAUAUAUAAUAUAAGUAUCCUAAUAUAAUGCCUUUCAAAGCUUGUAUGGAAUUACAGUGUCUUUAUCUCUUCUUUGUUAUCACUGUUCAAUAACAGAAUGGAAUGACCUCACGUGCAGAUUCCUUCCUUACAAAGCAGUUUGCACAAGAACACUCUUGACUUCUUGGAUUGCUUGCAUGGUAUCAUGAAAUAAAAAUGAGCAUUGUUAUGUACCACCCUGUAUAGGAAAUAUUUACAUUGUAUUCAAAUAAAUGAUGACUUGAUUCUGUUUACUACAGAUGAAAUGAGUGUUGGGAGAGGGAGCUUUGUUUGCACUGUGCCUGACUUAGUGUGUAAAUGUGUACCUGUGAUUUACAGCACUGUAUUCAUGCCAAUGAUCACCUGCUGCAAAUUGUUGGAAUUGUUGGUUAAACCAUCAGAAACCAGGGUGACUGUUCCAUUCUCACCUGUGCUUUAAUGUAGUUGUAGAAUGAAAAAUCUUAGCACUGUUUUAAACAGAAACUUUAAUAGUAACACAUGUGAUCCCAGAUGAAAUUUUGUCUACUCAGGUCAGUAAUCAGCAAUCACAAACCAUGCAUGCAUUGGUUUACAAUCAGAAAUUGUUUAGAAUCAGAAAUCACAAAGGCCAUCCAUGCAUUGUUUUGCAAUCAGAAAUCACGAAGGCCAUCCAUGCAUUGUUUAGAAUCAGAAAUCACAAAGGCCAUCCAUGCAUUGUUUUACAAUCAGAAAUCACAAGGGCCAUCCAUGCAUUGUUUUACAAUCAGAAAUCACAAGGGCCAUCCAUGCAUUGUUUUACAAUCAGAAAUCACGAAGGCCAUCCAUGCAUUGUUUUACAAUCAGAAAUCACAAAGGCCAUCCAUGCAUUGUUUUACAAUCAGAAAUCACAAGGGCCAUCCAUGCAUUGUUUUCCUGCUGAUUUUGGGGUUGUGUGGUUGGAGGUGUGGGAGAGGCUCUGUACAGCAAGGUAAAGUUCUUGAAGUUCAACUCCAGAGCAGAUUUUUCUGCUUGAGCUCCACUCUUGCUGUUUUUCCUUCCACAGGAUGGAGCUGCCACCUCAAGGAGCCUUUUCUGUGUCGUGUCCUUCAGGUGACAGUGCAGGGACACUGCAUGGUGUCACACCUCCAGUCAGUCAGUGUUCACUGCUGCCUUUGAACCAGGAUGGUUCACUAAUAAUAAGUAGUAAUCAAUUCCACUACCUAAUUACACACCUAUUUGCUUUCUCCCAUUGAUCCACUUAAUCAGGAGUAGAUUAAUUGCCUCUUCAAAAUUCCUAGUUACUAAUUUCAUAUUGUGUGAAGUAGGAGUAGUGGCUUUAGAAAUAGGAAUACUGGCCUUACCUUUUCUACAAUGCUGACUUUUCAUACUGCAGUCUAAUUUAUAAAUUACCCUUCAAAAUACUUUAAACAUAGAUUUUCUUUUUUCUUGUCUCACACCUUGUGUUCUUAACACCUAUUUGCACUAAAAGGAAGAAAAAGGGAAAUUCACACUGGAUGCACUUUAUCCUUCACCUGCUACUUGGAAAUCAAAAUUCCAGUCCAUUAAAGAGCUAAGAAACCAUUAGGUAUUAGACCUUGUUGACCUUUAAUAAUCCAGACUGGUUUAUUAAAAUUGAGUCUGUUUACUUUAUGGUGAUAUUUCUGUAGUUGUCACUAACAAGAAAUAUUGAAAAUCAAAACAGGGGAAUCUGUUCUUAUAUUCAAGAUAAUUUUUACUUCUUGGGACACUGGUCACUCUUAUGGAAACUCUGGCCCAUUUGUCUCAGUAUAACAAAACUGAUUUAGCAAAUGUUUUGCAAUAUGAGAGUGGAGAGGCAUAAGUAAAACGAUGUUAUAAAUUGUUUUUAAAAUUGAGACAGUGUAUCAUAUUUAAAAUUACUGAUAGGCAACUCAGCAACAAAACCAUUUCUGCUUUUAGAGCAGGCUAAAAAUAGCUGAAAUGUCAGAGCCCGGCUCCAUUAAUGGAUCAUGGCCUUCCUCUGAGUCCUGCUCUCCAAGUACAUCACGCUGCAAAUUCCUCUGCCCAUUUCAGCUGGCCAGGAAGGUCUUGUGUGUCUCUAACCCACAGUGAUAUGCUGUAUACUGCAUUUCUCUUCCUGAUUGUAGAAGGAAAGAUUACAUAAAACAUGGGAAUGAGAGAUUUCUUUCCUUGUAAUAUGAAAUUGAGAAUGUAUUGGGAAAAAUAGAGCUUUUUAUUGGUCUGUAAUUGCUGAGCACCUGCCCUUUGCUGUGAGAUCUUCCUUACAAGAAUGCUGAUUUAGGGAGGUACAUUUGGAAAGAACUGUUUGUUGCAAACAGCAACACUCUGAUGCCAGAAGCAGAACUUUUUACCUAAUUUUAUUUUUUAUGUUAGCUCUGCUAGUUUACUAUGAUGUUUUUAGCACAGAGAUUAUCUAGUGGAAUCUUAGUUUAGCACAGAAAUUUCUCCUAAAAUUACUUUCUGGGCUUCACCAAAGAGUCAAACUAGAAAUAGAACAAGCCUGAGAGGUGUCUUUUAACGAUUUGCUGGUGAGAAUUAGUUGUAGUUAUUUAUUAAUUUAUUCUGCAAAUAAAUCCUGGAAAUAAGCAA